CUACGCCUCAUAGAGGAAUUACAUAAUCACGGAAUAACUGAAUUAUCAGUGGAUUGAGAGAGAUAACAAUAACAAUUACAUGGAGGAGGACAAAUUGGAUGAAGAAAGGAGGGGAGAAGAUCACGAAACCCUAAAACCUCUUCUUUCCGUCAUAAUCUAUUUCACACUCGUUGUUAGUAUUGGAGGGCUUGUUUUUGGUUAUUACAUUGGAUUUAUCAUUUCUCGGUUUGCAGUACUAAAUGAUCUUGAUUCCAUUCUGCAUGAAACUAUUAAAGCGGGUUUAAUUGGGGCAAUUUUGGGUGCGGCAGCUGGUGGUUGGAUAAAUGAUUGUUUGGGACGAAAACGUUCAAUCUUAAUUGCUGAUGCUUUGAUAUUCAUCGGUGCAGCAUCACUCGUGUUGCUCCUUUUUAUCGAUGAUAGUGCUUUGUUUUCUAAUUAUUGCUUGGAAACUAUUGGAAAUAUGCUUAUAUCCUCGGGGAUUGGUAUCAUUUCCAUGACUUCACCACUUUAUAUAUCGGAAUUUUCUCCACCUAAACUACGAGAUAUUCUUAUCAGUAUAAACUUUAUCUUUUACGGCAUUGGAAAAUUUGUCUUCAUGUAUAGGGAUUCUAGUAGAACCACUAACUACGCCAUCGCAUUAGCAGGAAUUCCAGCUCUACUUCAAUUUCAGGAAAUGAUGUCAUUUCCAGAAUCUCCUAUGUGGUUACUAUCUAAGAAGGACCGAGAAAAUGAAGUGGUUAGGUUUUUGAGAAGGAUAUAUACUUGUUGUGAAGUUGGAAAAGAGUUAGACGCCUUCAAGUUGUCAAUUAAGAAAGAAACUGAUAAUGAGGAUGAGUUAAGUUAUUCUGGUAGUAAUAUCUUUUGUAAGAUACGUAGUGCAUGGAGCAGUCCUUCAAUACGGAAACAGUUCGUUGUUGGCACCGCUCUUCAAUUUGUACAACAAUUGGUGGGGCUCAAUGCCCUUAUUUUUUGUAUCCCGAAUAUCCAUAGGAUGAGUGGAUUUGGACCAUCAGACCCUAAAGACGAUAUCACCUUCAUUAAAACUAGUCUCUUGGCAAAUUUUGGCCUGUUAUCUAUGCUCGGUGGCUUUUGUUGUACUCUUUGUUUAAUGGCAAGAUUUGGGAAAAGGAAGAUGUUAUAUUUGAGUAUAUGUUAUAUGCUAGGCGGUGUAUUAGGUUUAAGUUUCAUAUUUAUAGUAUCACCUAAUACUACUGAAGCUGUGAGUCGAUCGCAAAGUACCAUAUAUUUCAACAACACGUGUUUGAGUUAUAUCACAACAGAAGAUGCAGAUUCGUGGGAUUGUUUGACGUGCAUUCGAGCAUCUAGUGGAUGUGGGUUUUGUCGUGGUACACAUUACGAUAUCCUGGGUCAAUCUAGUGGUGCUUGCCUGAUUGCAGGAACUAAUGGAAUAUCUGAAGCUUGUACUGAUAAAAAUCGAUCUUGGAUAACAAAAUAUUGCGAAUAUAACAUUUUUGGACAACCAGUUCUUAUUAGCUCUGCCAUCUAUAGUCUUUCGUAUUCAGCCAGCCUAGAAAUCAUUCCAUGGAUCAUGAAUUCACAGAUGCACCCAACAGAAGUUAGAGGGAUCUAUGGAGGAACAGCUGCAACAGCAAAUUGGAUCUCUUUCCUCAUUAUAAUCAUAUUAUCUUUUUUCUUCACUAAAACUGGAGGGCCUCUAUUCAUAUUUCUACUGAUCAGUUUGUCCUUAUUCUUUGUUUCGUGGUGGAUCAAGUUGUUUGUUAAUGAAAACAUAGGCUUCUCGAUUUCAACUAGAAAAAAAGAGUUGUUGAAUGAUUUGUAAAUUUAUGUCCUGGCAGAAAAAGAUCUUUUUCGUGUUUUAUAUUUGAUUAUAGGACAUCCUUCUUGUU